AAAAUCCCUUUUAGGGUCACAAAAAACCCUGCCCUCAGAAGAGUCGUUGAUCCAACCUGGUACUUGGACUUCGAAAGAACAGGAGCGGAAUCAGUUUCGACGUCUUUGAGAGAGGAUCUAUUCCUAUUCCUGUGUUUUAGAAAGAGAAAGGCAGGAAAAGAAAAUGUCGGGAUGGGACGAGGGGGCAGUGUACUACAGCGAUCAGGCCCAGUUCCCGGAAUCGGCGGCGGAGGCGGCGGCGAACAGCCGCCAUGGAAUCCUCUGCAAAUUCAAGGAGUUCAUAAGGAAUUUCGAGAGCUUGAAGAACGUGUUCCCUUACCGAGAGAGUAUUAUCCACAACCCUAAGUACCUGCUCGUCGACCUCGAACACCUGCUUGCCUUUGACCCCGAUCUUCCUUCCCUUCUCCGAUCGUCCCCUGCGGACUACCUUCCAUUGUUUGAGACUGCAGCCGCAGAGGUACUGGUGAGUUUGAAGCAGAAAGUGCAGGGGGAUAGUGGGGAAAUGGUUGAUGUAGAGGCUAAAGAUGUCCAGAUUUUGCUUACUUCGAAGGAAGAUCCAACUUCUAUGCGCUCGCUUGGGGCCCAAUAUAUAUCCAAACUGGUUAAGAUAGCUGGUAUCACUAUAGCUGCUUCAAGGAUCAAGGCAAAAGCAACUUAUGUGAAUUUAGUAUGUAAGAACUGUAAAAAUAUGAAGGAAGUUCCAUGCCGUCCAGGUCUUGGUGGGGCAAUUGUUCCUCGAUCAUGCGAUCAUAUCCCUCAGCCUGGGGAAGAACCUUGCCCAAUUGAUCCAUGGAUUGUGGUUCCUGAUAAGAGCAAGUAUGUUGAUCAGCAAACCCUCAAAUUGCAGGAGAAUCCUGAGGAUGUGCCUACUGGGGAACUUCCUAGGAACAUUCUCCUCUCGGUGGAUCGCCAUCUUGUUCAGACAAUUGUACCUGGAACAAGACUGACCAUCAUGGGAAUUUACAGUAUCUUUCAAGCUGCCAAUUCUUCCUCUUCCCAUAAAGGAGCUGUCGCUGUUAGGCAGCCAUACAUCAGGGUUGUAGGUAUAGAAGAAGGAAAUGAGGCCAAUUCGCGAAGUCCUACCUCUUUCACGCAAGAAGAGAUAGAAGAAUUCAAAAAAUUUGCCGCUCAACCUGAUGUUUACAAAUUCAUAUGCUCCAAAAUAGCUCCCUCUAUAUUUGGUCAUGACGAUGUGAAGAAGGCUGUAGCAUGUCUUCUCUUUGGAGGAUCGAGGAAGAACUUGCCAGAUGGAGUGAAGUUAAGAGGUGACAUCAAUGUGUUGCUGCUGGGUGACCCUUCUACUGCUAAAUCACAGUUUUUGAAGUUUGUCGAAAAGACAGCUCCUGUAGCUGUUUAUACUUCUGGAAAAGGCUCAUCAGCUGCUGGUUUGACAGCUUCUGUGAUUCGUGAUAGCAGCUCUCGUGAGUUUUACCUUGAAGGUGGAGCCAUGGUUUUGGCAGAUGGAGGCGUUGUUUGUAUUGAUGAGUUUGACAAAAUGAGACCAGAGGAUAGAGUUGCCAUUCAUGAAGCCAUGGAGCAGCAAACUAUAUCAAUUGCCAAAGCAGGCAUUACAACUGUUCUUAAUUCAAGAACUUCUGUGCUUGCUGCUGCCAAUCCCCCUUCUGGACGUUAUGACGAUCUCAAGACUGCCCAGGAUAAUAUUGAUUUACAAACAACAAUUCUUUCAAGAUUUGAUUUAAUCUUCAUUGUGAAGGACAUCAGGAUGUACAGUCAAGAUAAGAUUAUAGCUACCCACAUCAUAAAAGUGCAUGCAUCCGCUGAUGCAGUCUCUGGUGACAGUAAAACAUCUAAAGAGGAGAAUUGGCUUAAGAGGUACUUACAUUAUUGUCGUAGUGGGUGCCAACCUCGUUUAUCUGAAUCAGCGUCCACACAAUUGCAGAACCAUUAUGUCAGAAUCAGACGGGACAUGAGGCAGCAGGCAAAUGAAACAGGAGAGGCUGCUGCAAUUCCCAUUACUGUAAGGCAGCUGGAAGCUGUCGUAAGAUUAAGCGAGGCUCUUGCAAAAAUGAGAUUGUCCUAUAUUGCUACUGAGAAUGAUGUAGAUGAAGCUGUGAGGCUUUUUACCGUUUCUACCAUGGAUGCAGCAAGGUCGGGAAUAAAUCAACAAGUGAACCUAACUGCAGAGAUGGCCAAUGAAAUUAAGCAAGCAGAGACCCAGAUAAAGAGGAGAAUAGGAAUUGGGAACCACAUAUCAGAGAGAAAGCUGAUUGAUGACCUCUCUAGAAUGGGAAUGAAUGAAUCCAUUAUAAGAAGAGCCCUUAUAAUCAUGCACCAGAGAGAUGAAGUUGAGUACAAGCGAGAAAGGCGUGUUAUUUUUCGGAAAGCAUGAUCUGUUGUGAAGUCCUAAUUAAUAUGUAUCCUUAAGUAUGCUCUUGUUUGGGCGCUCAUCUAAGCAUAAUUACGGAUGUUUGUAAUAUUAGUUACAUGUAAAGAAUGAUCUGAUGUUGAAUGGUAGCAGUAAAAGAUGGCUGUCAAUGUCAUUUUCGUAUGAGUAUAUUUUCAAAAGAGACUGUCUGCCAGGCAAUGCACUGGUGGUGAUUCCUAGCGAUUCAAA